AGACAGGCAGAGCACUGAGGACCGGUGGCGCGCGCUCACAGACUCACUCUCAGCCACACACACACACACAUACACACACACACACACUCCCCAAACAAAGAGAAGCACGCGAGGCAGCACAGCAUCCCACCCUUUCAGCCGCGAGCUCGCUUAUCAGAACCGCCCCCCCCCCAUCCCCCUCAGACAGAACCGGUCCGGUCCGAGGCUCGAGCGCACAGAACCAACGAUGACAACUAACGGCGCGACUAACGGAACCAGCGACAUGCUGCAGAUCCAGUUCGGUCUGAUCAACUGCGGGAACAAAUACCUCACGGCGGAGACCUUCGGCUUCAAGAUCAACGCCUCCGCCUCGAGCAUGAAAAAGAAGCAGAUCUGGACUCUGGAGCAGAGCGGCGACGAGGCCAGCGGCAACGUCUUCCACCUCAAGUCACAUCUGGGCCGGUACAUCGCCGCCGAUAAGGACGGGAACGUUACCGGAGACAGCGAGACCCCGGGCCCGGAGUGCCGGUUCAUCAUCACCGCCCACGAUGACGGCCGCUGGUCGCUGCAGUCCGAGCCGCACGGCCGGUACCUGGGCGGCACCGAGGACCGGAUCAUCUGCUUCGCGCAGACCGCGUCUGUGGCGGAGAAAUGGAGCGUGCACAUCGCCAUGCACCCGCAGGUGAACAUCUUCAGCAUGACGCGCAAGCGGUACGCGCACCUGAGCGGCAAGGUGGACGAGAUCGCCAUCGACCGGGACGUCCCGUGGGGGGUGGACUCCAUGAUCACGCUGGUGUUCCGCGAGCAGCGCUACCACCUGCAGACCUCCGACAACCGGUUCCUGAGGAACGACGGCGCGCUGGUCGCCACCACGGACAGGAGCACCGGAUACACGCUGGAGUUCCGCUCCGGCAAGGUGGCCUUCAGGGACUGUAGCGGCAGGUACCUCGCGCCCUCCGGGCCCUCCGGUACCAUGAAGUCCGGUAAGAGCGCGCGCGUGGGCAAGGACGAGCUGUUCGUGCUGGAGCAGAGCCACCCGCAGGUCGUGCUCACCGCCGCCAACGAGAGGAACGUCUCCACCCGGCAAGGUAUGGACCUGUCAGCCAAUCAGGAUGAGGAGGGCGACCAGGAGGUUUUCCAGGUGGAGAUUUGCCGCGAGAACAGGAAGUGCGCAUUCCGGACCGCCGCUGGGAAAUACUGGACCCUGACUGCUAACGGCGGACUGCAGUGCACCGCCUCCACCAAGUCAGCUAAUUGCUACUUUGACAUUGAGUGGCGUGGGAAGAGGCUGACUCUUCGGGCUGCCAAUGGGAAAUACGUCGCCGCCAAGAAAAACGGCCAGCUAGCAGCCACCAUCGACUCUGCCGGUGAGUCUGAGGAAUUUCUCAUGAAGCUGAUUAACCGUCCGAUCAUCGUGCUUCGUGGGGAGCACGGCUUCAUCGGCUGCAGAAAGGUGACGGGGACGCUUGACUCUAACCGCUCCUCCUAUGACUACUUCACCCUGGAGUUCAGAGACGGAGCGUACAGCCUGCAAGACUCCACGGGUAAAUACUGGAUGGUGGGUAACGAGCAGUCAGUGGUGAGCAGCAGUGACACGCCCAUCGACUUCCUCUUCGAGUUCUGCGACUACAACAAGCUGGCCAUCCGCCACGCUGCUGACGGCAAGUACCUACGCGGCGACCACGCCGGCGUGCUGAAGGCCAACGCAGAUGAUCUGGAGACCGCCACACUCUGGGAGUACUGAGGGAAGCUGGGAUGUGGUCGCCCACUGCUGCAAAGAAGUGUGGCGACGCAGCACAACCCGCCCUCACAUCUACCUAUCCACAACCCCCGCCCCGCUCCUCCUCUGCUCCUCAUAUUAUAACCUGACUUUAUAUGUUGAUAAACUGCACAGAGAGAACAGGGAGGACAGAAGCAGAGAGGAUGCUCCUCUCUCUCCUGCCUCCCUUUUCCUUCCCUUUAUCCUUCCUCUCCCAGCUCUGCUCUGCAGCGCCGACCUUUAUCUGUUGCCAUAGUUACCGUGGGGCUGUGCACUUUUUUCUGCUCCGAUCUGGUUCGCUGCUCGACCUGCCGCUCACUCCCUCCUCGCCUUAUGAUUGGGCCGUCCCUUUCCCAGAGCAGAGCAGAGCCACAUUUAAAGAGCCCCCUCCUCUCUGAGUUUAACCCCCUCAUCUUUCUACUUGUCUCUAUUGUCUGUGUGAGCAGCACAUGGUGGCAGUAUUUAUGGUGUCUGACCUGGUCUGCGAGAUCUGCCUCUACCUGAUCUAAUCUCCAAAAACAGAUCCAAUCUUGAGCUGCUUCCUGUCAGCUGGACGGAGACGGCGGGUCUGUUUUUGGGCGGUUGCAUCCUGUAGAAACGGAUCUUCUGCUUCUGUCAGACCAGGCCGAGUAUGUUUGUUUUCAUGAGCAGGCUCCAAUGCCUCUGUGUGAUGACUCUGUGAUAUAACUGGAGUGGAUCUGAUGAUGAUAAAGAUAUCGAAAAUGAUGUUACUGACGGGUUUCACCCCCUCCCACUCCUUCUCAUCUCAACUGUAAGAUAUUCAAAUGUAAACCUGUGUUGUUCUCUAGCUGUAUUCUCACUGGUUGCUGGGGAUUUUUCCUGGACCAAAUCAAGGAAAAUAUAAACGAUGUAAAGGUCAUGACGUCAGUGACAGCGUUGUAAUUUUGCAGUUGUGCUACUUCUAGUGAAGUCAGUGGAGCAACACAGCAUUAUAAACCAUCAUAUCUUUGUUGUUUUAGUUUGACUGAAAAAUGCUUCCACAAAAUUAAUGUGGUGACAAAUUACUUCGAUUCCAGUUAAAGUGACAGGUCGCAAACGAAGAUAUGACGAUCCCAUUCUUCUGCUGUAAUGACCAACACAGCCAAUAACAGGAAAAUGAAUGAGCAAAGUAAGUUAAAAAAGCAUCUUAUGUAUUUUUUAGAAGGAUUUUUCAGUCAAAGUUGAAAAAGUGAAGAUAUGAUGGGUUAUGAUGGGACUUGACGUGCUCACUCUAUUGUUCUCAAUAAAAGUAGCACCAAAUUCUGGCUCCAAUACAAAAUUUGAAUGCUGUUUUCUGACAUCACGUCCUUUCCUUCUUUUAUAGUUUCCUUGACAGGAUGUAGGAAGUCAAAAACACUUACCCCCCUCCUCCACGCGCCAAACCUAUUGUCCCGAGAACAGUAUACAGAAAUUAAAAAUAGAAACGGUGCGGACACACAUUGUUUGUUUACUGCACUCACCUGUCUUACUGGAAGUUUGAAAAAAAAAAAAAACCCUGACACACAGUUGGAUUUCUUUUUCUAUGUCCAAGGCACAGACAUUAUCAUGGGUACAGUAGGUAACCUUAGUAACUGGAGUGAAAUGAUUUAUAGACCCUUUUUUGAAAGCUGCUUUUUGAAUCCCAAACCUUAGACCUCAGCCUUUAUCUCGACCAAACCUUUGAUACUGGAUCAACAAACUGUCAUCUCACACACACAACUGGAACCUGGUGCUACUAACUCAUGGCAUAUUCAGUGAUGUUAUCGAGCAUCUCGUGCUGUCUGGACCAACAGAUGGUGAUUUUGCGCUGCGUCCCUGCCCCCCCGCACUUGAGAGCCUUGCCAUGUAACCGAAGGUGCUGAAAGAGUGCCCUUAAUUUCUUAAAUCUGCUUCGUCUUUAAUUUCUGUCUGAGCUUUAAAAAGUGUCACGGCAGCCUUCACAAUGAGAUGUAACCAAAUUGCGUUUGUUUUUGUUGGAUUUUUGUGUCCCCUGACUCGCCGGUGAAGGUGGGGAAAGGAAACGUUUAAAAGAAUAAGAAGCAGAGUUUGAAUUUGUCGUCUAUUUAACUGAAAUGUCUGUUUUGCAGUCAUGUAGCACAAUGCGCCCAUCUUUGAUUCUCUACCCUUCAGCUUUCUCCACAACACACUGGUUUCUGUCUACUGAUUUUUACAAUACAGUGAAGAUUAUCUCGGCUCUGGGCCAUGAAUUAUUGGGCUCAUCAGUCCAUCGUCAUCAUUCCUCUGAUGUGAAAAUCAGUAUGGAAAAACCAAUCAUUGUAGCCCCAUGAAAUGAUCCAUGAUGUAGCCAGCUCCUCACCAAAUCCGUCCAAUUUUCUCUCAAGUUUUUAACGUUUUGGCAUGAAGGGUUGAGAAUCUCAAGUGAAUAAAAGGAGUGGUUGUCCUCGGAGAAGCUCGCGUCUCCAAGAGUAACCAAGACCAAGGCUUAGACAAACGGAUGUGGAAGGGUAAACAUGUGGUAAUGACUGUGCCUUACUCUUGAGUUUUUGGGCAGUAGGAAAAAAAGAUGAAAAAAGAGAAUCCACAUCUUUGCUUUGUAUAACUGGAACUUCUUUUUGUAUUAUUAUUUUGUAUAAUUUUUUUGAUAUUGUGGAUUAACCUCUCUCUCGUGCCAUUGGUUCACCUGAAAUCCAACAACCAAUAAAACUGGGAUUUGGAACGCUA